CUAGCGAGCAGCGCUGGCGCGCUCGUCAAUUGCUGGCUGUGCGCUUUCUGUAUGCAAUGUUGGUAAUGUACUUGAGCUGCUCCAAGACGCACGCACAGGUGGCAGCCGCGGACGCACCCGUGGUGCUGACGGAGGCUCCAGGCUUCCAUCGAGCCAGCGAGGCGGAGAUGGAGGAGGCGGGCAUUUAUAGAGACAACCUAGACGCAGACUUUGCGCCCUGGACCAACCGACGGUACAACGUACGGCAACUGUACGAGCUGGUGGCCACGCUCGUGAAGGGCCGGCCGCAGAAGUACCUCAGCCUUGUAGUCAUUAAGAAGAACCGGGUGGGCUGGCUGCCGCUGGCGGCGCGGCCCAUGGCGCUGACACUCAGCAGGAUGAAGGCCAUAGCCUCGGGGCUGCGCAACGCCACGCGCGCCGGCCUCACGUUCCCGGACAGCCUGUACCUGAUGAAUGUGUGGGACGAGGGCCGCUGCGUGCGGGAUGACAACAGCGCGGGGGGCGCCGCCGCCAAGACGGCGGGCAGCGGCAAGAGCGGCAAGGCCAAGCCCGCCCAGGCGCGCAGCCCCAAGACUCCCGCCUGCACCGUGCCGCUGUUCUCACUGAUCAAGUCGUGGGACUACGCGGCGGCUGACAGUGCGGAGACGGACGUGCUGCUGCCCUUCUUCAACCAUGUGUACGAGAACCUGGUGGUGUACCCCUGGGAGAAGAAGUACGACAAGGCGCUCAUGCGGGCGGCCAUGCAGGCCCAGAUGAAGCCCAACAGCACGCGGUUGUGGAUAAUGAAGCUGCAGGAGAUUGACCCCGACGGCAAGCGGCUGUUGGACGCGGGCAUCACCAACAACCUCAACAAGAAGAAGAAGGUCAAGUUGGCCAACUUCGUGACCAUCCCCGACCACGCGCGCUGGAAGUACCUGCUGUCUGCUGACGGGUUCACCGCCUCCUGCCGCCUGGGCAAACUCAUGGGCACCAACAGCGUGGUGCUCAAGGAGACGACCGAGUGGAUAGAGUACUACUACCGAUCGCUCCAACCGGGGACGCACUUCGUGCCUUUCACCAAGGACAACGUUCUGCAGGUGCUGCUGGAGCUUGAGAAGGACCCGCAGCGCUGCCAGCGGGUGUCGGCAGCGGCGCAGCAGUUCGCGUACACCUACCUGUCACAGCACGGGAAGGCGAUGUACGUACGGCGGGCGCUGCUGAAGUACAAUGGCAUGUUCGAUGACAUGUCGGAAUUCAUGUCGGAGCUGGUCUGGGAGCCGCCCCUCGACAAUCAGACCACGGGGUCGGGCAGCGGGAGUAGCAGCAGUGGGGCUGGGAGUACUGGGUCGGCGGUGGAUGCGGCGGCGGCGGCGGGCGCGGGCGGUGGCGGUUUGACUCUGGUUGGGCUCAUGGAGCAGAUGAAGGCGUUUGCCGAUAAGAAGAUGGCCAGGCGGUAAUGUAAUACGAUAGCCUGACACGCUGAGCUUUACAUGCGUUAUUGGCGUGUGGGGAAACUGGGCCACACGAAGCUGCCCUGCCGCAGUGCCCCCGACCACUUCGGUUGUCGAGCCCCUGAUUCGUUCCGACAUUGCUGUGUGGGGGUGCGCAGCAUCGGGCUGGGCGGCUGUGCCGUGUGGAUGUGGACUAGUGCCAUGGCCCAACAGAGCCGUGCAAUGCUACCGGCUACCGCACUGGGUGGCGAUGUGGCGCGUCAGCCUGCGUCAGCGGGCGCGGCACAGAACCGCAUGCAGUGAGUGUGCGACGGGACAGUGGUAAGGCAGGUUGGUGAAGUCCCGUCAGGUGUAGCUGAUUCCGCAUGCAGUGAGGCAGCGCAGGAUUGGGUACCGGCACUCGCAGCUCGAAGGCCUUAGCAAAC